AUGCCUGCCGCCAGCCGUGUCACUCGCGGUGCCCUCGCUGCGGCAGAGGACUUUGCCUCUCUUAGCUCUCGGGACCGCCUUAUCUUCGCACAAGCUGUUUACGAAUAUGGCGCAAGGCAAGCCGCGUGGGCUGAAAUUGCGAAACUCCUCUCCAAACAUCCGCUCAUAACGAGGCCGAAGAACUUUUUCACUGCACAGUCCUGCGUCACUAUUUACAACUACUUGAUGAAAGAUGCUGCGAUUGAACGAUCGGAUUUGUGUGAAGCCAAGAAAUCCCCUGUAAAUGCUCAGCUUGCUCAGCGCUACUACCGGGAUCGUGUUGCAGAGCUUCGAGACGAGAUAGCUGCUGAAGAAGACAGAUUCAAAAAUGUGGUGACCGAGAUAGAAGACAUACGUGCUGGAAAAUGGGACGACAGGAUAAAGGCAAAAAUGAACGGAGCCGAUAUGUCGAUAAAAAUGCAAGCCUCAACACCAGGAAAGCCAGUUGAAUUUGAUGAGGUUAUGCCCGCUAAACAACAUACUCCGGUACAGGGGGAGGAGCAAACGGUUGACGAGUCUCGUUCGCGAACCGAAAGUUCCGUUGAUCGGCUCCCAGGUCCCAAUGAUGAAAUUGCCAUGGACGUAUCUUCACCCGUACAGCAUUCACCACUACCAGAGACAUCGCCAGUAGGACAAGCAGCCCCGGAAACGCCUAAGGAAGAGGAAACCGCCGAGCAGCCAGUAACCGAGCCUGCAUCAGAGUCUCCCAUUUCUGAAGCGCAGUCACAGGAGUCCGUUCAAGUUCCUAAGACUCGCUCUCAGACUCGCAAAGAACCGCCAGAGGCCACUAAGACUCCCAGUGCUGAAGCCACUGAAGAAGACGAAGCGGAAUCAGCAGAGGUCCAAGAUGAGCAGGAGGAUAUGCCCAAAGAGGAGGUUGAUGAAGCCGUCGAGACUCAGCGUGACACCUCAGAAGAGGCUACUCCUGCAGCGACGGAGGUACAAGAAGGCGAGCCCGUGGAUGCGGUGUCCCGCGAGUCGACACCAGUUCCUCAAGACAGUCCUCGAGAUAAGAAAGAGGGUAAACGGAGAGCAUCAGAUGCCGACGCAAUUGACUCUUUAAGAGAUAAGAAACGACCAAGGGAAGAGUCGGAGCCCGUAGACACUGCGGACUCACCCGCGACUCCUUCCACACUGCCGUCGGGAAUCAAAAACUCGAAAGAACGAAAACGCUUCCAAAGCAUCAUCAUGAUGUUACACGCGCAGAUUACGGCGCACCGAAAUGGUACAAUUUUCCACCAGCCGAUCAAGCCAUCCGAGGCUCCGGAUUAUUACGAUAUCGUGAAACGACCAAUGGAUUUGAAGACUAUCAAGAAUCGUGUACGGGACGGAAGGAUCACUACAUCGACCGAAUACCAGCGCGACAUUUAUCUCAUGUUCGCGAAUUCACUGAUGUACAACCGACCAAACUCUGACAUCUAUAUGAUGGCCGAAGAGAUGAUGCUUGACAGCGAGGCAGAGAUCCAAAACUUUCAGCAAACGGAGGCAUAUAAUCUUCGAACGCGAGGAUAA